CUCCACACAAGGGGCGAGAGGAAACAAGCUCCGGGGCUAUCCAUACUGGGGCUAGAGGAAACCAGCUCUGGGACUCUACGGGGGUGGACUCGAAAGCAUGUCGGCGCGGUUAUUAUGGAAGAUUCUCCUAACGUUAUCCAGCCAAAUCAAGCUGUCGAAACAGCUGGUUUAAUCCGAGAAACGCGGGGAGCGAAGACGAAGCACGCAUCAUCCAGUUCGGGUUCUAAUGGCUUCGAGCUCCGGGAACGAGGACGGAAACAAGGAGAGCGGUGCGUGGAGACUCGCAGGCCCAGUCUCGGAGCUCUCGCAGAAGCCGUGCCGCCUGAUGUACUCCCCGCUCGGACACCAGGCAGACGUCUGCCUCUUCCACGUCAAGGGGGAGUUCUUCGCGAUGGACGCCCGUUGCUCGCACUCCGGUGGUCCUCUCUGUGAUGGAGACAUUGAAGAGGCCAACGGGGUACUGCAGGUUUUCUGUCCAUGGCACGACUAUGAUUUCAAUCUGAGGACGGGCAAGUCGGGGACUGGGUUACAGCAAGAAGUGUAUGAGGUGAAGAUCCAGGAGGACUGUGUGUACGUGAAGCAUGCCAGUCCUCUCUCCUUACAGCCAUUCCCAGCAGUGAAGAAAAGCUGAACUCCUUCCCACAAGGUCUUUGUGGGACCCCUACGUGUAGCACUCACGCCAUAGUUUUCAAAUAUACAUUGGCCUAUAUAUAUAUAUAAUAAUAAUAAUUGGAGACAUCCCUGAGCCUUAUCUAUCAGUUUUGAUGGAGCUUGGAUAGAGUGGGAACACAAUGGACUCAGUUCACAGCCAUCUAUCAAGUCUGGAGACGACAGGAGUCAUGGAAUUUAAGUGAGAUGAUUGGUUAUCAGAGAGAGAG